AUGUCGCUACGGAAACGUAAAAACAAAAGGCCGUCGUCUAAGUCUGCAUCAGAAGACCUGACAAGAAUAAUCGAACAUGUAGAGUUUCAGUCGGAUAAUGAGGAGUGGGGGAGAGAGAGGGGGAGGGGGAAAAAAGAGGGGAGGCCGCGGGAGACAGAUCCCGGGACAAGAGGCACUCCGGUGAGUGAGGGUGAGCGCGAAAGCCCGGUAAAACAGAACGGUCCUACUCAGAAGACAUCCAAAGAAGUUCACAUCGUCUUCCUCCCCGAAAGAUACCAAACUCUCAUAGAGGAGGUGGAGGACAGCGAGGGAAGAGAGGAGGAGGAGAGGAAGAAGGAGGAGGAGGAGAAGAGGAAGAAGGAGAAACACAAGAAAUACAGAAAGGUAGACUAUAAUGUUAGGCGAACUAAAAACUAUUUCAAGUCUCCUCUGUAAAAUAGUGUAAUAUUCUAACAUUUUGCUUUGGAUAGUUGUUCCUAGUUAUGUAACCCUAGAGAUACCUUAUUCGCUUUAUUCUUGAACUCUAUGUUGCUUUGCUGUGUCACUCUGAACAAGUUAACCAUUCACAAACGGACUGAGUACGGUGAACUUUGGGUUAGUUCAACUCUGUCAGCACUAUUUACAGGAUCAGAUGGGUUAGUCAGGGGCGGACUUUGUGAUUUGGAGGCCCCAGGCAGAGGCCAGUCAGAGGAUGGGAUUUAUAGUAAAGACUUAAUUAAACUGUAAAAAAUAUAUUCAAUUUUAAUGUGCCAUGAACACAUCCAGUCAUGAUGUUUUCAUCUGAUUGUCAAACAAAUCACUUCAAAAAGGAGGUUACCUUCGCAUGUUCAUCCAAAAAUAAUUCCAGCAUCCGAACAGUGCACUGAGCACCUGCCAACUUUCCUUUCGCAAGUGGCUGAAACUGUUUCACCGGAGAAAGCAUCCUAGCGAGCGAAACUGCGCUCCUCUGUCUUACUAUAUGUAGCCCUCGUAUCUGAUGCUGUCUGGCCAGAUCAGAUGGGUUAGUUCAACUCUGUCAGCUAGCUCUAUUUACAGGAUCAGAUGGGUUAGUUCAACUCCGUCAGCUCUAUUUACAGGAUCAGAUGGGUUAGUUCAACUCUGUCAGCUAGCUCUAUUUACAGGAUCAGAUGGGUUAGUUCAACUCUGUCAGCUAGCUCUAUUUACAGGAUCAGAUGGGUUAGUUCAACCUUGUCAACUAGCUCUAUUUACAGGAUCAGGUGAGUUAGUUCAACUCUGUCAGCUAGCUCUAUUUACAGGAUCAGAUGGGUUAGUUCAACUCUGUCAGCUCUAUUUACAGGAUCAGAUGGGUUAGUUCAACUCUGUCAGCUCUAUUUACAGGAUCAGAUGGGUUAGUUCAACUCUGUCAGCUAGCUCUAUUUACAGGAUCAGAUGGGUUAGUUCAACCUUGUCAACUAGCUCUAUUUACAGGAUCAGGUGAGUUAGUUCAACUCUGUCAGCUAGCUCUAUUUACAGAUCAGAUGGGUUAGUUCAACUCUGUCAGCUCUAUUUACAGGAUCAGAUGGGUUAGUUCAACUCUGUCAGCUAGCUCUAUUUACAGGAUCAGAUGGGUUAGUUCAACUCUGUCAGCUAGCUCUAUUUACAGGAUCAGAUGGGUUAGUUCAACCUUGUCAACUAGCUCUAUUUACAGGAUCAGGUGAGUUAGUUCAACUCUGUCAGCUAGCUCUAUUUACGGAUCAGAUGGGUUAGUUCACUCUGUCAGCUCUAUUUACAGGAUCAAUGGGUUUUAGUUUCAACUCUGUCAGCUCUAUUUACAGGAUCAGAUGGGUUAGUUCAACUCUGUCAGCUAGCUCUAUUUACAGGAUCAGAUGGGUUAGUUCAACCUUGUCAACUAGCUCUAUUUACAGGAUCAGGUGAGUUAGUUCAACUCUGUCAGCUAGCUCUAUUUACAGGAUCAGAUGGGUUAGUUCAACUCUGUCAGCUCUAUUUACAGGAUCAGAUGGGUUAGUUCAACUCUGUCAGCUAGCUCUAUUUACAGGAUCAGAUGGGUUAGUUCAACUCUGUCAGCUAGCUCUAUUUACAGGAUCAGAUCAACAACACUGUAGCCUAUAGGCCAAUUGUUUGUGUGAUGAGCUGUUUUGUAAAUUAAUUAAUUGAGCUGUAUUAACUUUUAAGCUUAAUUAUUAAUUAUAUACAGGAUAACAACAAUGUAGCCUAUGUUUGAUUGUUAUUGCUUGUUGUUAAUACAGUAAAUUGACAACAAUGUGUUAGAUAUGUGUUAAGGGUGGGUGGGUAGGUAGGGGUUAAGGGGAGGUGCAUAGGAGUUAAGGAGGGGUAGUUAGUGGUUAAGGAGGGGGUUUAGGGGUUAAGGAGGGAUGGUUAGGGGUUGGGGGAGUAGGGGUUAAUGGGGGUGGUUAGGGUUUAAGGGGGUGGUUGUUAGGGUUUAAGGGGGUUGUUGUUAGGGUUUAAGGGGGUGGUUGUUAGGGUUUAAGGGGGUGGUUUUGUUUAGGUUUAAGGGGUGGUUGUUCGGGUUUCGGGGGUGGUUGUUGGGUUUAGGGGUGGUUGUUAGGGUUUAAGGGGUGGUUGUUGGGUUUCAGGGGUGGUUGUUCGGUUUCAGGGUGGUUGUUCGGGUUUCGGGUGGUUGUUAGGUUUCCGGGGUGGUUGUUCGGGUUUCGGGGGUGGUUGUUCAGGUUUCCGGGGGUGGUUGUUUCGGGUUUCCGGGUGGUUGUUCUGGUUUCCGGGGUGGUUGUUCGGGUUUCCGGGUGGUUGUUCGGGUUUCCGGGGUGGUUGUUCGGGUUUCCGGGGUGUUGUUCGGGUUUCCGGGGUGGUUUCGGGUUUUCCGGGGUGGUUGUUGGGUUUCCGGGGUGGUUGUUCGGUUUAGGGGGUGGUUGUUAGGGUUUAAUGGGUGGUUGUUAGGGUUUAAGGGGGUGGUUGUUAGGGUUUAAGGGGUGGUUGUUAGGGUUUAAGGAGUGGUUGUUAGGGGUGCUGAGAGCAGAGCAGUAAAUCUCUCACAGCCCUAAGCUCUUACAUAUGACACAAAUUAACUGCUGCAACACACACACUCACGUACACAUUUUGUACAUUUUACAUUUUAGUAAUUUUAGCAGACACUCUUAUCCAGAGCGACUUACAGUCAGUGUCAUAUGUACACCACACCACACCACACACACCACACACACUGCGUGUUUUUGUGUGUGUGUGACCCGUGCGAUUGCUUGUGCCUGACCCUGUGUCUGUGUCCCAUUGGUCCUGUCUGGUAGAACGUGAGGAAGGCUCUGCGGUUCGGCUGGCGAUGUCUGGUUGCCGGGUUACAGAGUUUAGCGAGCGGCUAUGCUACGCCCCUUUCGGCUGCAGCCACGUUGGUGAUCGACGUCCACAGAACUAACCGCCAGGCAUAA